AUGUACGCCAAGGGGGGCAAGGGCUCGGCCGUGCCCUCCGAUAGCCAGGCCCGUGAAAAGUUGGCCUUAUACGUCUAUGAGUAUCUGCUACACGUGGGAGCCCAGAAGUCAGCCCAGACCUUUCUGUCAGAGAUUCGAUGGGAGAAGAACAUCACAUUGGGAGAGCCCCCUGGAUUCCUGCAUUCCUGGUGGUGUGUGUUCUGGGACCUGUACUGCGCAGCACCGGACCGGAGGGAGGCCUGUGAGCACUCCAGUGAGGCCAAGGCUUUUCAGGACUACAGCACUGCAGCAGCCCCCAGUCCUGUGAUGGGGAGCCUGGCCCCCAACGAUGCCAUGGCACCCGGCUUCUUCCAGGGCCCCCCCAGUUCCCAGCCGCCCCCCCACAACCCCAACACCCCUAUGAUGGGGCCUCAUGGCCAGCCCUUCAUGUCACCGCGGUUCCCAGGGGGCCCCCGGCCCACCCUGCGGAUGCCCAGUCAGCCUCCCAUUGGGCUUCCUGGCUCCCAGCCGCUCCUCCCCAGCACCAUGGACCCCUCUCCGCGCGCACAGGGGCAUCCGAGCAUGGGUGGUCCCAUGCAGCGGAUAACACCUCCCCGAGGCAUGGCCGGUGUUGGGCCCCAGAGCUACGGAGGCGGCAUUCGACCCUUGUCUAACACCCUCGCUGGCCCUGGGCUGCCCACCCUGAACAUGGGUCCAGGAGUACGAGGCCCAUGGGCCAGCCCCAGUGGCAACUCGAUCCCGUACUCUUCAUCCUCGCCUGGCAGCUACACGGGACCCCCUGGAGGAGGGCCUCCCGGAACACCCAUCAUGGCCAGCCCUGGAGACUCCAACUCCAGUGAGAACAUGUACACCAUCAUGAACCCCAUUGGGCCCGGAGCUGGCAGGGCUAACUUCCCGCUGGGCCCCGGCCCGGAGGGCGCCAUGGCUGCCAUGAGCGCGAUGGAGCCACACCACGUGAACGGAUCCCUGGGCUCGGGCGACAUGGACGGGUUGCCAAAGAGCUCCCCCGGCGCUGUGGCCGGCCUGAGCAACGCCCCUGGCACCCCACGGGACGACGGCGAGAUGGCGGCUGCCGGAACCUUCCUGCACCCAUUCCCGAGCGAAAGCUAUUCGCCUGGGAUGACCAUGAGCGUGUGA